AUGCCGCCUACGCCUAAUAUACGUCGUAACCCCGUCUCGACGGUUCCGACUGUUGCAGCUCUCUACCGACUGUUUGCAGCGGUCCCGGAGCUUGCUAAGCGCGGCCUGCAGACGCAGUUGGAGGAAGAGGGUGGAGGUGAGGAUGAACCCGGUCCCGAGAAGGUUGUCAAGCUCCUCAUUGCUACUGGACUAGUCCUUCUCGGUGGUGUGUUCGCUGGGGAGCGCGCCGCCGCUACCAAGGUGCUCCGCCUUCUCCGCCGUGGUCGUCACUGGGUUCUUGUCGUGCUUCUGCUCGGCAAUGUCAUUUGCGUGCGUUACGGUCUGGCCAUCGGAGGCGCGUGUGCUCCUAUGGUUCACGCCCUCAUGGUCCUGUUCGCUCCUGUCGCUUGGCCCAUCGCCAAGCUUCUUGACUGGGUGCUUGGCCACGACGCCGGUCACACCUACAAGAAGGCCGAGCUGAAGAGCUUCCUCCAGUUCCACCGCGAGGGCGAGGAGCCUCUCCGUGACGACGAGGAGAUCAUGACUCCCAUUGAGGACUGUCUGACGCUCUCUUCCGACAAGAUUCUCGACCACGAGGCCGUUGAUGAGAUUCUUCUCUCCGGUUUCUCGCGCAUUCCUGUCUACGAGGCUGGCCAGCCUGACAACUUCAUCGGAAUGCUUCUCGUCAAGGGACCUGUUUCCAAGUUCAAGCUCCUGCCGCUGCCCGAGGCUACUCCCGACCUCAACUGCUUCCAGGCUCUCGACUACUUCCAGACUGGCCGUGCCCACCUGCUGCUCAUCAGCGAGACCCCCGGCCGUCGCGGUGGCGCUAUUGUUGAGGACCUUAUCGAGGAAAUUAUCGGCGAGGAGAUCUACCAGGACAACCACUCGAAGCGCAAGGCUCAGCGCAAGGCGACCGCAAACAUCAUGCGGGGAAUCAUCGAGCGUCAGCGCGUUAUCAACGCGUUCUCCCGCCGCCCCUCGUCUCCUCACCCCGCCACGAGGUCUCCCCGCGAGGGUCUUCUCGUCCGGCUAGACGACGAGGCGCCUCUCCACUCCGAGCCCACCACGAUUCAGGAGGCCAACAGCCGUGUUGGCUCGCCCGAGGUCAACCUUCUGCUGCCACCCUCUACCGGAGGUGUGGAGGCGAUCGUGGAGGCCGUCGAUGAGGACGGUAAGCCCACUGCCGAGCAGCAUGGUACUCCCGUGAAGACGCCGUCGCCGCUUGGCGAGCACGGUGAUGGUACCGAGGACCUCAACGGCUCCGAGUCGAGCGAGGAUGCUAAGGCCGCGGACACCAAGGAUGCCUCUAAGAGCGACUCCAAGGACGACUCCAAGGACGCCGCUAAGGACGACGCCAAGGACGUCUCUAAGGACGACUCUAAGGAUGACUCCAAGUGCACUAAGGAUGCCAACGGUAACGGCGACAAGUCGAACGGCAAGGGACAUAACGAGCCGAAGCGCGGUCGCAACAAGAAGAAGGGCAAGAAGUAA